AUGUCGCGGCGACAACUUGCGGUGCCGGCGGCGAAAGGCGGGCACCAGGAAUCGUUUGGGUCGGACGUGUCGGACGACGAAAAGUCCAAGAUACAGCCUACUGUGUCGAUGUCCACGGCGUCAGCUGCACCUAGCCUCGUGCGCCGAGCCUCGUCCAAGAAAUGGUAUUCCGAUUCCGACGACGAGGGUGGUGCUGGUGGCGAGAACACUCACGCAAACAAUCAAAUUGGAUCGAUGUCAUCGCUGCAAGCCUCUUCUACAGCGUCGUCGUCAACUACCACUCUCAAUCGGCGUGCAUCCGCGUCGGCGUUUUUGCCCAGUCGUGGAGGAAAUACACCGAUCGAGAAAGCGCCACCUCCGCCUGCGCUGGAUUUGUCAUCGCCGACGGGACCUCCCAUUGCCCCUGUAGAUAAACAUCGACCUCCUUCGGUGUCGGGAUUUCAAAAACUCGUUCAAAAGACAAAAAUCAUGUCGCCAUUUCGCUCAAAGCAUUCAAAGCAGCUCAAGGAAGACUCUGCUCCACCGGUCAAUCAAGCCCACGACGACGUCGGCUUGGCACAUCAUCCAUCUUCUCUAGAAACAGCGAUUUCUCCACCAUCCACGAGCUCGACCACCCCUGCCGGUGGCGGGGCAUCCUUGCAACGACGGCACUCUUCGCGCAUGAUGCUGCGGGCGUCGUCUUCCGAAGCAUCGCUGGCGCCGACGCCAGAAGACGAAGCAGACGAUGCCUUCCAGCAGAACGUAAUGGACGCAUUGAGCCCGGGCCGAGGUGCCCUUGGAGGAGCGAUCGCUGGAGUUCCUGGCUCUGGAGUGCUACUGGAAGGCUGGCUCCGCCAAAAGCAACGGCGGGGCAUUCGCGGCCUCAAGUCGUGGAACUCGCGCUACUUUGUGCUAUUCAAGAACCCAAAUGAAAUGCGCUACUACUCGGAUGUCGUUCAAAGCGGAUGGGGUCCGAUUCCAUUGGGUGAACUCGGGUGCAUCUCGCUGCGAUCGAUUCAACGCAUCUCCAAGCCGAGCCAUCCCAAGUACAAAGGCUGCCGAUUCGACAUCACGUGCCGCCUUCCGAGUGCGACGAUCGCGUCCAACACGGGCGACUACGACGAAGGGGUAUUUUCAAGCGGCGACGAAGAUAAAAAAGACAAACCUGCCAAGACCACCCCGAAAGCUGCGACGAGGGAGUUUUGCCUCGUAUCUGACUCGCCGCAGACGACUGUGACGUGGGUGACGAUGCUCGAUUCGCUCUUGACCCGCAGCGUUAACAGCCCGAGACCAGAUACCGUGAACGGUCGGCGGAACAGCAGCACCAACGUGAGCAAUGCCAGUGGUGGAGGAUCUUUGAAAGCUCUUGUGACCCAAAAUAUUCGACAGAAAGCUGUCCUUGGAGGAUUGGGUGCUGCGACUGCCUCGGCCGCGCCAUUGUCAACUCCACUCCACCAAACGUCGCCGACAGACGCCCGGAUUACCUCGGGAACGCCAACGGUGUUCACUUUGCCACACGAUGUAGUCCCCAAAGCGAUCGUGCUCGCCAUCGAGUACAUAUUCGAGUCGUUUCCAGGGAUCGAAACCGAGCGAUUCUAUACCGCGGAUCCUCCGCCGCCAGCCCGAUUGCAGGUGGGGAAUUGCUGCGUUGUGAGAACGACAUUGCCGCGGGACGACGUCUUCGGACUCGUCACACGCAACAUGACCUGACUUGGUCAUGACCUCACGCGCACGUGGAACUUGGUAGGCCGUUGUGACGUUUUUUAACUCGUGCGCCAUUGAGCAACGGAAACCCACGCGCAACGAAUGGGAAGACGUGCUCGAUGUUGUGUCAGCUGGCGCAGUUGUGAUGGUGUGGCUCGAGCAGCUCGAGGGGCCGAUUGUUCCGGUUGAAAUGUACCAGGCCUUUCGGCAAGUGAUGGUCGAAGGCGCGCAUGCCCCGUUUGAACUGUUGCGGAACCUGAAGAAUGUCUUGGCCACUCUCCCUCCAAAGCCCUUCAAAAUGGUGGCGUUUCUGAUCUUCCACUGGAACGACGUGACCGUGUACGAAACGAAAAACAAACUGACCGCGGCCGUCCUCGCCAAGCUCUUUACUCGAUUUGUGUUUCGCCGGCACGUACAAGACGACCAAUUGGACGAUGGUCAAGCAGGCGAGCGCGACCUCAUGCAGUCCGUCGUCGAGUACAUGAUCACUCACGCGGAUGUCCUGAUCGAUGAGACGGAGGCAGAGCUCCUCGAGUGACGGCCAUCGUCUUUGUUGAAUGCAAAGAGAACGGUCGGCAGAGAUGACCGGGGUGGACAUGAAUCCUCAACUUGCUCGAUGCCGCCGUGGACCCACCAAAAGAAAACAACAACAACAAAUCGAGUGAGGGACAGAGCGUAGCCCACCACACUAUCGCCAUGUUGAAUGGCCGCAGGCAUGUCGAAAAUGUCGAAAUGAACCGAUGAAGUUGACUGGAGCUCUCUCUACUGCAUGAC